CUACACUUGUUUUGUUUAUUCAAUACUCUUUUUUUUUUUUUUGAGAGGUGUCCCAUCGUCAUGGAACCACAGAAUCUUACUGGUGUGUCAGAAUUCUUCCUAAUGGGACUCUCAGAUGACCCGGGACUACAGCCCCUUCUCUUUGGGCUGUUCCUGUCCAUGUACCUGGUCACCGUGCUCGGGAAUCUGCUCCUCAUUCUGGCCGUCAGCUCUGACCCCCACCUCCACACCCCCAUGUACUUCUUCCUCUCCAACCUGUCCCUGGCUGACAUUGGUUUUAGCACCACUACAAUCCCCAAGAUGCUGGUGAACAUUCAGACACACAGUAAAUCUAUCACCUAUGAUGGCUGCCUAGCUCAGGUGUCCUUUUUUUUCCUAUUUGGAUGUUUGGACAGUCUACUCCUGGCUGUGAUGGCAUAUGACCGGUUUGUGGCCAUUUGUCACCCCCUGCACUACCCAGUCAUCAUGAACCCAUGCCUCUGUGGCGUUUUGGUCCUGGUGUCGUUUUUCAGCAGCCUUUUGGACUCUCAGAUUCACUUUUUGAUGGUGUCACAACUUACCUUCUGCACAAAUGUGGAAAUUCAUCAUUUCUUUUGUGAUGCACCUCAACUUCUCCACCUUGCCUGUUCUGAUACCUCCAUCAACACCAUACUACUAUAUUUCAUGGGGGCCAUUUUUGGUAGCAUUCCACUAUUGGGGAUCCUUUGCUCUUAUACUCGAAUUGUUUCCUCCAUUCUGAGAGUCCCAUCAACAGGUGGGAAGUACAAAGCCUUCUCUACCUGUGGCUCUCAUCUGUCAGUUGUUUGCUUGUUUUAUGGAACAGGUCUUUCAUUAUUUGUGUCCCUCACUCUCCCCAGCUCUCUUUUCCCCUUCCGAUUCCUAAGGUCCUCUAGACUUUCAAGGAGGGAUCACCAGCCCAAAGCGGAGCCGGCAGACAAGGCGCCCAGAGGCUUGGCGCUGGGCCCGCAGAAACCCGUGUGUCCACAGGCCCACAGCUCCGCAGAUAGCCUGCGUGCACACGUGUGCAGGGCAGCUGUGUGUCCAGAGGUGGAGGUUCUAAGGGGAGCCGCAUGUGGGGCGGCCGUGUGUCCAGAGGCGGACAGACCUAUGAACAGUCAUGCGGGCAGGGUGGCCGUGUGUCCACAGUACCGCUGGGCAGGGCAGUGGAGAGACUAG